AUGGCGCCCCUCGAGGAGCAGCAGGAGGAGGAGGUGGAGGAGGAGGAUUUGCAUUCGAGGGACCUCGCCUGGAUUUCGGACUUCGUGAUGCAGCAGGUUGUCCUCAUGAUGCGCCCCAUGAUGGACCACCUGCAGCAGACUGACAGCUCUGUGGACUACGCGCAGCGCCAGGUUCAUCGCGUAAACAUGGACGUGGCUGAGCUCAAAGCUGACCUGGACAGAACCAACAAGUACCUCGCCAUCCUUCGGCAGGGGCUUGGUGUGCAGAACGAAGGCAAAUGCGUGCUCCAGCGUAGCCUCGAAUCCAAUACCAGGACUGUCAAGCGACUAGACGAGCAGAUGGAGAGUUUGCUGACAGUGCUCCGUGGUGUGGAGGAGAGCUUUGCCCAGCUUUGCACCGACUUCCGUGGGGCCCGUGCCCAGCACGAGGAGCUUUCGCAGAAAGUUACAGAGCACACAGUCGCCCUG